AGUAUAGCCAAGGAAAAGUCAUUGCUUCCUUUCCAAAACGUCACUUCCGGUCUGUUGCAGCGUGGGCUAUAAAGAAACGCCGCUCGAACACUAGCAUAGUUAAAGAACAAUGGCGGCGGAUGACAAAAUGGACGAUUACCCUUACGAGAUAGAUGAUCAGUUGAAGGGGUUCGACUCGUCUGUUUCUACUGUCAAAAACAUGUUGGACAAACUGAUGUCAAUGCCCAGGAAUGAGCUGAUGCAAAAGCUGGAUCCUCUGGACCAAGCCAAACUGGAUUUGAUGUCAGCUUACACCCUCAAUUCUUUAUUCUGGAUGUAUUUGGUCACACAGGGCAUCAAUCCCAGAGAUCAUGGAGUCAAACAGGAACUGGAGCGAAUCCGAACGUACAUGAACAGAGUGAAGGAGAUCACCGACAAUAAGAAAGCGGCCCGCUUGGACAAAGGAGCGGCCGCACGCUUCCUAAGAAACGCCUUCUACGAUCCCAAAGAAAAAGGCUCCAGGAAAAAAGGAGCAGCAGUGUCCAACAAGAAUUCUGAUGCGACGCCGUCGAAGCGUGCAAAGAAGAGAUGAGUUAGAAGAAGCCUCACUGCUGUGGAUUAAAACCAUGUGGUGUAAAUACAGGUCCAGAUUUUAAUGUAAAAUGGCAUUGUAAUAGCUUUGUUAAAAUGUUUCUAAUUAACUUUACCAUGUAGUGGAUUUAAAGGCCUACUGAAAUGAGAUUUUCUUAUUUAAACGGGGAUAGCAGGUCCAUUCUAUGUGUCAUACUAGAUCAUUUUGCGAUAUUGCCAUAUUUUUGCUGAAAGGAUUUAGUAGAGAACAUCGACAAUAAAGUUCGCAACUUUUGGUAGCUAACAGAAAAGCCCUGCCUUUACCGGAAGUCGCAGACGAUGACGUCACCCGUUGAUGGCUCUUCACAUCCUCACAUUGUUUUUAAUGGGAGCCCCCAACAAAAAGAGCUAUUUGGACCGAGAAAAACGACAAUUUCCCCAUUAAUUUGAGCGAGGAUGAAAGAUUCGUGUUUGAGGAUAUUGAUAGCGACGGACUAGAAAAAUAAAAAUAAAAAAAGAAAUCAAGUUAAAAAAAAAUCGCGAUUUCAUUGGGACGGAUUCAGAUGUUUUUAGACACAUUUACGAGGAUAAUUUUGGGAAAUCCCUUAUCUUUCUAUUGUGUUGCUAGUGUUUUUGUGAGUUUAAUAUUACCUGAUAGUCGGAAGGGUGUGUCCACAGGUGUGUUGACGCCAGUGUUUGAUGGAAGUUGACGGCAGCUGUACGGACGGCACAAGCUCAGCUGAUCUCCGGUAAGUGGCGACUUUUUACCACAAUUUUCUCACCGAAAACUGCCGGUUGACAUGUGGUCCGGAUCCAUGUUCGAUUGACCGCUCUAAUCCAUACUAAAGUUUCACCUCGGGGAAUUUUAAACAAGGAAUCACCUUGUGUUUGUGUGGCUAAAGGCUAAAGCUUCCCAACUCCGUCUUUCUAUUUUGACUUCUUCAUUAUUAAUUGAACAAAUUGCAAAAGAUUCAGCAACACAGAUGUAAAAAAAAACUGUGUAAUUAUGCGAUGAAAAGACACUACUUUUAGCCGUAAUUGGUGCUGGGCUUAUAUGUCCGCUACAACCCGAGAUGUCAAAAAAGCGUCAUCAUUCCGCGACAUUUUCAACAUGAAACUCCGCGGGAAAUUAGAAAUUGCAAUUUAGUAAACUAAAAAGGCCGUAUUGGCAUGUGUUGCAAUGUUAAUAUUUCAUUAUUGAUAUAUAAACUAUCAGACUGUGUGGUCGGUAGUAGUGGGUUUCAGGAGGCCUUUAAGACCAGUUCUAAGUAAACUUUCAAUGACAUAGUGUGCCAUUUUCUCUUUUUAUGCAAAUGAUAAAUGUUGAUAUCUCUGCCUCAAGUGAUUCUGUGAAUCCAUAUUUUUAUUUGACACUGUUGCAGUGCUCAUACUUGUAUGAUGUGUUCUUUAGGGUUGACACUUGGUAUAAAAACAUACCUUUUUUACGGCUCA